UGAUUUAGUGGUGUACUGGAUAUCAAUCAAGCAUUUGGAAACCCAGAUUAAAGAAAUUUAAGAAUAAAAUAUUAAAGUGGAAAAAAUGACACAAGAAACCGACAAUAGAGUAAAAGUAGUUGACAAGCGACGCCCAAAAGACUUGCCACCAACAAAGGUUGUUGUAAGAAGAUUACCACCAUCAUUGACUGGUGAAACAUUUUUAGAGCAAGUGUCACCUCUACCUAACUAUGAUUUCUUCUAUUUUAUGAAAGCUGAUUUAAGCCUUGGUGUUAAUGCCUUUUCUCGAGCAUAUAUAAACUUUCAGAACUAUGAGGAUAUUGCGAAUUUUCGAGACAAAUUUGAUGGAUAUAUUUUUGUGGAUGCCAAAGGAAAUGAAUAUCCAGCUAUAGUAGAAUUUUCGUCAUUCCAAAAAGUGCCAAAGAAGAAAAUGAGGAAACCUGAUUCCAAAAAAGGCACAAUAGAACAAGACCCGGACUAUUUGAAGUUUGUAGACACAUUGAAUAACCCAGAAACUGAAGAGGUAGUAUCUCUUGACACCUACCUCGAGCAACUGGAGGCUAAAGAACGUGAGGCUAAAGCAACCAAAGGUGGACCUAAAGUUACUACACCAUUGAUAGAAUUUAUAAAGAAAAGAAGAGAAGAAAAGAGAAAUUCUAUUUUGCGUGCAAGAGAAGAACGUAAAAAACGUGAACUAGAGAGGAAACAGAUGCGAGAAGACGAUAGAAGAAAACGCAAAGAGCGUGAAAUUGAGAGAGAGAAAGACAGACAGCGACAGAAGGAGAGGGACAGAGAUCGUGGCAGGGAUAGAGAGAAGGAUAAAGAGAAACAAGAAGAGAAGAAUAAGGAUGGUCCAGUAAAGCUUUUAAAAAACACAGAAAGAGAUACUGAUCCCGAGGACAGCAAAGACAAUAAGACUGACAGUGAUAAACCAGAUAAUAAAACAAAUGAUAAAUCAUCUAGUGAUAAAUCUGAAAAGUUAAGUGACAGAGUAAGUGACCAGAAAAAAGAGAAAGAGGGUGUUGGACCUGAAAAGGAUAAUAGUAGAUCUAAGGAUGAUAAAUCGAAGCUACGGUUCUCGAAGGAGAACAGAGAGAAGCAGAGGGAACAAAGAGAAGUGAGAGACCGACGUGAUGACAGGGAUCGUGGCAAAUCUAGUCCAGCUAAGAAUGACCGUCCAAGAUCUAGCCGAGAUGAUCCUAGGGACAGAGAUGACCGACGGUCUGACAGACCGAGGCCAAAGUCAUACAGGGAGGACAGAGAAAGACGGUUAAACAGAGAUCAAGAUUAUUACAGGGAUGACAGAAGACAAAGUGGACCACCUAGAAGAGAUGGGAGAUACCGGGAUGACUACAGGGAUAGUAACAGAAAUAAUAAUAACAGUAGAGAUUCUCCAAAAUCUAGUGGCGGAGGUGGUCCUAGAUCUGACAGACCAAGCAGUAAAUAUGAUGCAAGGGAGAAAAAGCCGGAGAAAGAACCGGCUAGGUCUGAAACCCCUGAGAAAACUUCUAAACCUGCAAAGCCUGAGGGAGAUGGUAAGCCUAGUUCAGCAGAUACAGGAAAAGCUGUUAAAGACAAAGAUAAGGAGAGUGUUAAACCGGAGAGAGAAAGAACAAAGCCUAAUGAAGAGGGUAAAUCACAGAACAAUAACAAUACAGACGCACCUAGAGACAGUGAAUCAUCAGCUGCAUUGGAUAGACGGAAGAGAAAGGAUCGUCCAGAGAGAAAAACUCAAAAAAAGUUGGGUUCCCCGCUGUUUGGGAGUGUUGCCAAAGUUUUAAUGCAUUAA